UAUUUCUGUAUUUCCUCCAAACAUGUAAAUGCAUUGUCUUCAUCAUAACUGCAAGCAUCUACGGAAAUGUGUUUCGUUUAUGUAAAGCUGGAAUUUUACUUCACUUGUUUAUAUCCAAGAUCACAACCGUUGCAAAGUACAAGUCCGUUUUGAAGUUCAAGUUCCAGGAAGACAUUAAAGGUUGUUACAAUAAUGGAACAUGACAACAUCGAUCAGAUCAGAAAACUAGAAAAAUUAUCAAUGAGUAAUGAACAUUCAGCAGCAAUUUGUGGUAAUAAGGAUGAGAGUGUUACUGUUCCUGGAAGCACAGACACUCAGCCACAAGGAUGCAACCCAACAGAUGGAGUUUCAGUACAAAACAAAGCAGCCCCUUACAGCACUGCAGUGCCAGAAGCUAUGCUGACCACAAAGCAGCUGUUUCAGUACUGGAACGCCGUGAAUAAGAAGGUGAAACCAAUCCGCCUACUCUUUGAAAUACCAGAAACCAGAACUGUGAAAGAUCAGGGGUCCAAAUACGUGGUAUACAAAGUGGUGGUGAUAAAGUCUGGCACUUAUGAUGGCAGCCAAUCAUAUAUUGAACGACGGUACUCAGACUUUGAAAAAUUACAUAAAAAUAUCUUGAAGAAUUUUAAAGAAGAGGUUGAAGAAAUUACUUUUCCAAAGAAAAUUGUGGCUGGGAACUUCCUGCCUGAGAAAAUUACUGAACGAAAAUUGGCAUUCAGAGACUAUUUAGCACAGUUGUAUGCAAUCAAAGACAUUCGCUUUUCUGAUGAAUUUAUUGAGUUCUUCUUCCUCCCAGAGCUGCAGGAAGGAUAUGGAUGCCUUAGAAGUGGACAGUAUACCAGAGCUUUGAAUAGUCUUCUGAAUGUACUUAGUUUGCAGGAAAAACUGUGCAUGCAUCACUAUGAUAGGCUUGUCCUUACACUCAGUGCUAUUGGUGUGUGUUGCAGAGAUCUGGGUAAUAUAGAUGGUGCCUAUGAAUUUUGUGAGAAAGCAGGGCUUAUUUUGCAUAACAACUAUUACCACAAGUACUAUUUCCCUUUGAUAAAGGUUCAGAUUACUCUAGGAAAUGAAUUGGGUAAGAAUAUGCAGCAUUUACAACACAGCCUGACUAAACUAGAGGAACUACAUGGAAGCCAAAACAAUCUGCCUUCACUGAAAGAGCUGGUGGUGCAGGAAUACAUAAUAUAAGGCUGACGGACUCAUCUCCCACAAAAUCUUAAUGACAAAGUCUUAGUUAAAUUGCCAAAAAAAAAGUUAUUGCUAGUCUUUCUCUUGUGUCUCCUUACUUGACCGCUUUUGGAAUGACUUAGAUUCUAAACUCUAUGCUCAAUAGUUUAAAAGAAAUACAAAAAAAAAGUUUGUCGAGUUCUCAUUCACAGAGAAAAUAGAUAAUAUCAAUUUGUGUUUGGCAAUGAGUUGAGGAAAUGCUCACUUGCAAGCAGGUGAAAGGCAUCCAAAGGUCAUACCAUCCUUUUUAAUGUAGCUUCCUUACCCUGGAAUGGCCAUCUCAAUAUUUAUACAUUGUACUACUAAUCAAUUUAGCCAUUCAGUAUGUUAAACAUUAAAUUAUGCAGUUAGCAAUUUGUGAUUAAAUCGAGAAACAGUUGGCUAAUGAUCAAGAAGAUCAUUUAAAUCAUAUGCUUUUGAUUUGGCAGCAUAAUAUAUUCCUUUAUAAUCCCUUUAUGAUGCUUGAGAAAAUGACAGGGAAAUACGAUUAAAUGCUUCUUCCAGUGAAGAGAUAAGUACAAAACCUCAAAGCAUGGUUUUGGCAAAGAUAAUGCUUUAACAGUAACACAUGUCUGAGAACAGCCUUGGAAAUGUGAGCAACAGUUGCUGGGAGGAAUACUGGAGAAUUGGCGAUGUUAUCCAAUGAUGACCUGUAACCUGCAAUGAAAUAGUCCUCCAGCAUACUGAACUGACUAAAUGACCAAGAUGAUAGCUGUUGGUAGCCUUUUAUUUCCCUCUUCUGGUUAGGAGAUAGGGGGAAUCAAUUUGAACAGGUUAAUGCUUAUCAAUCAUUAGACAUCUUUAGGCAUUAUAAACAUAGCAAACAUCAUGUGCUCAGAGCAAAGAAACAGUGUAACAAAGGCACUAUGGCCUGCAAUAAUUACGCAGAUUUCAGAAUACUACUCCAUGCCUGAGCACAAAACGGAGGAGUUUAUUCUUUAUGUCAUAGUCUAGAUUUCUGUUUGGUAUGCUCUGCUGAUUCUUGUUUUUUCCUCAAAUAAAAGCAGUCAACUAUUA